AUGGGGGUCAUGACAAAAGCCUCUUUGGCCAGAGAGUGGGCCAUUUGGAACCAAUUGAUAGUCCACAAGAAACAGAGAAUGCGACAAGAACCAAUUGAUGACAGAGUGCCUCAAGUCUCAGAGAAAAAUUGGGCCAGCCAAGCUCCAGCGAGGCCCAAAAGCAGGACCUCUUUUACUGUGCUUAAAAAGACCAUGUGGGCGGUUCAGGUCUCGACAUUGAUUUUGCUUCUGUACCUUUGGGGACCUCCAAUUCUGCAGACCGUCCACAAUGAAGUGGACGAAGACGUUUCUGAGGUGAUUGAAGUUGGAUUCCCAAAACCAGAUUUCGGGGAUCCGGUCUUCGAGCAGAAUAUUUUGAAUUACACCUUUGGCAACAGCUGGGGACAUCCAAUUGAGGCCAACUACACAAAGCCUGAGGUCCCGUUUAACAGGGUGGUUGUUUCGUUGGACACAUGGGUUGAUGGCGUGCAGUACGACCGUCUAGCUCAUUUGUAUGUUAGCGGUAUUGAGGUUUGGAGAACAAGCACAAUCGAGCCUCACGGAAAGCUGUCCCAUGCGCAUGCGGAAAAGGAUGUCUCCACGUAUGCUAAACUAUUCGAGGAGGAUGCCACCAUUCUUUUCCAGCUGGACAACCUCCUAACUCCACGGUUAACGGGAUCUUUUAACAUUAGCUUGGAUGUGAAGUAUUACAACGCCGUCGACGAAAUGCGUCCUCCAGCCGAUAAUGUUUACCCAUUGGUUAAAAGGAAGAUUGAUAACCGACCACCUUUAUUGACAUUACCUGAUAACACUUUCGACGCAGUGAUUCCGCAGCUGAGCUACAACACCACCAAGGUUGUGCUUGACCUUUUCGUGUCUGGAAACGCCGAUGAAGAGUUUUGGUACUCCAAUGUGCUCGAAGAGUACAAGAACGUUUUCCACAAGUCUUAUCCUGGCCAUGGUCCUUGUCGUGUUGUCAAUGUCUUUGUGGAUGGCAUUCGCGUGUUGACCGCCGAUCCAUUUGUGGUUGUGUACACUGGAGGAAUUUCACCUGCUCUGUGGUAUCCGAUUGUGUCUACUGGAGCAUUCGAUGUUCGCGCACUCAGACUGGAUAUCACCCCGUUGCUACCAAUAUUUUGGGACCAAUCGACGCAGGUCGCUAUAGACGUCUCAAAUUGUGUGGAUGACGACCUAAAAUUCGGUGAAGUUCCUAAUGGCAUUGGAUCCAACUGGAUUGCCUCUGGAAGCGUUGCGACGUGGGAAGACCCGACUAUCCUUACUUCCAGCGGAAAAAUACUUUCGUUCGAAAACAAGACGUCUGUCUCCGCAUUCGCCUUUACUCCUCCUGCAGCAGGACUCUACAGUCAGAUUGUUGAUGCCAAGUACACAAAUAAGGUCAACUCGUCUGUCACCUACACAUACGAAAACGGAACCACGAAGGAGCUGAUUCUCGAGGUCUCCUCGAAGACGAAGCAAUCAAACGUGCAGCUGCUGUCCGGUUUUGGUGAAGAUGAGUCGCUCGUGUUUAUUCCAGAGACUGACAUCACCAGUAGCGUGAGGGAUGCCGCCACUAAUGCCACUAUUUGGUCGUUGGAGAAAAAGGUGACUCAGCCUUUGAUCUACAAGCUCAAGGCAAAGCCAACCUUUGGACAGGACGUGGACUUCUCAGUGAACAUUACGAAAGCUUUUGGUGAAAAGAUUGCACUCAAUGGCAUCAACGUGAUAAGGGGCGUGAGCCGCGAAAACGGUACUUCCAACUUUACGCUUUCUCCUAAGGGUAACCAUGGUGAGGCAGUUAUUGAACACAGGGUCAAUUUCACAAUGUCGGAUCCACUUCCAGAGUUUAAGUACUCGAGACAUGUACUGGCAGAUCAUGAUGAGAUAGUCUAUGACACCAUUGAUGCCGAGGUUCUCAUCUGGGAAGACUUGAUGGUCCAAUUUGAGAAAGAGGGCCUUGAGCUUGCUCAGUACGCCGCCCAGGAGAUUUCUAAAGACCACGCUACUGAACAGCAAUAUUCCGCACCGCAAAUGAGGUUGCUCAACAGAUACCUCGCUGACUUUUAA